AUGACAACCAUUCAUCACCAGCAGAUGGUACAGGAGCAUGUGUCCAUGGAGUUCUCCAGCUCUGCCACCCACGUGCAGACCUUCUCCCAGACAACCACAGUUGUGGGAGCUCAAGCAGGCAUGAGCUCUCAAUCCCUGGGUGAGCUCCCACCUGGAGCCCUUUCUGACCUCUCGCCAGACUCACAGAGGAGGUCACGACAAAGAAGUCCUCAGCACAGCCUGACUGUUCUUCAGCCUGGUGACCAGAGUUGCAGCAUCCCAGCAGGAGAGAGCGUCCCCAAGUUCAUGGAGAAUUAUCCCAUCGCCACUCCUGAGUAAGAUAAAGCCGUGUUCUGAGCCCGGGUUCAGGGAAACCCCAAGCCCUCUGUGUCCUGGAAGAGGGAGAGCAUCCCCAUAACCGCAAAGAUCUAUGACAGCACCAACAGGGAGACUCUGAUCCAAUUGGAACCACUGACCUCAGAUGACUCCAACAACUAUACGUGAUAAAACAACGAACACAGACCCUACCUACACUAUACUGUCUCUGUCCCACUGUGCACCUUUCUGUCCUCGGAUCAAAAACAACUAGAUUUCAAGGAGAUGCUCACAAGAGAUAAGGAUGGGAGAGCUCCCCCUCCCCACAAGAAGCAGCAGAAGGAGAAAGAGAGGCUGGAGACUUUGUCCAAGGUACAUCCCAAGAAGAGCUUUGAAAAGGUUUGUGUGGAGUAAGGUUUCACUGACUUCCAAGAGCUGCUCAGGAAGCUCAAAGGGACAAAGAAGAAAACAGAAGUGGAGGCCAUUAGGAUUCUGAAGCUCCUGAAAGACGCAGAGACCAAAGCUGACACCACUGUAGUCUUUGACUGCACUGUGGAGCUGAAGGACCCCAACAGGAGGAUGAUAUGGAUGAAGAAGUCUCCUGCUAAACCCUUCAUCAGCUUUCCUACCUGUUCCCUGAGGUGGGAUUCUGAGCCUCUGAGGAUCCAGUACUCCCUGGGCAAGUAUGAUGCGAGGUAGGUGGGUACCAAGUACAUGCUGAUUGUUACCAGUAUAAACAUGAGCGACGCCAGCAUCUACAGCCUCACUGUGGGAGAUGAGCGGACAUGGUUUGAAUGUGGCAUGAGCGCUCACAGUGCUGUGUAUGACUGUGGCGUGAGCACUCACAGUGCUAGGUAUGACUGUGGCGUGAGCACUCACAGUGCUGUGUAUGACUGUGGCGUGAGCACUCACAGUGCUGUGUAUGACUGUGGCGUGAGCACUCACAGUGCUGUGUAUGACUGUGGCGUGAGCACUCACAGUGCUGUGUAUGACUGUGGCGUGAGCGCUCACAGUGCUAGGUAUGAAAGUGGUGACACAGGAGAAAGGACAGUGGGCUAUGCAGGGAAGGGCUGCAUGGAGUGGGAGUCACCAGAAAAAGGAAACACAGAAUGUAGGGAGAACAAUGAGGUGGUAAGUACCAUGGGAGAGUGUAGCAUAGUGGCUGAGAAGUCAGACUCUGAAAAGUGUCUAGCCACCGUGAAGAGUGGGACGACAGAUGCACACGCAGCCACUGGGAAUCCGACUGAGUUGUGUGUAGUUGAGAAAAUGGGCAUGUGGCUGGAGGACGGCCAGGGGAUCACAGGUUUGCAUGGUGUGCUGAUAGUGAAGCAGGGUGCCGUACACAAGCUCAUCUUCCCCAACAUGGGCUAAGAGCAUGUGGGCAAAUACACAUUCCAGGCCGAAGAGGAAAGCGAAGCCUCAGUGUCCGCUACAGAUCCUCCUACCAUUGACCCGUCAAUCCUGAAGCCACCAGCUGCAUAUCCUGUGAUGGUGAAGGCAGGCCACUCAGCCCACAGCAAGGUGCCCUUCUAGGCAAGGGCAUUGCCCAAAGUGUUCUGGUACAAGGAUGGUAUGGAGGUGACCGAGGAGGCCAUGUCCAUGGAGCACAGUGAAGACCAGGCUCUACUCGCCGUCUCAAAUGUGAGUGAAGACAGUGGCUAUCUGCUCAAGCUCAAGGACUGCCAUGGCACAGCCACUGCCACUCUCAUCUCCACAUGCCAGGUAAGGGCACAGCUACGGGGUUAUCUUAGGGCACUGCUGCCUAACACUCAGGGAGAGUGGCUCCAAAGGAGGCCCUGUACAAAGUUGCAGUGGGACAGCAGCCGGCAGCCUGUGACACAAUUCAUGUUAGAAUGCAGGGCUGUUGGCAAGAAGUCCUGGACUAAGGUAGGGGAAGUCGAUGGCAAAGGGACCAAUUUGUCCACCUGCAAAGUAGGGGGGACAGCCUUCCGGUUCUGUAUCCUGGCAGUCAAUUCAGAAGGUGUGAGUGACCCCUGGAGACUGACGAAGUCUGCAGGAAAUCCCAGUGAACCCCCUGGUCUUCCUUUCCCUCAGGUGGCUGAUGUGACCAAGGUCGUGACCAUCACACAGAAUGCCCCUGCCUAGGACUGCAGAGCCCCAGUGCUUGGCUACAUUCUGGAACGGAUAAAGAAAGGCAAUAAUCUGUGGGUGCCAGUCAACACGGACCCUGUUCAGUCCACCAAGUACACCGUGGAUGGCCUCAGAGAAGACACAGACUAUUAAGUCUGAGCUAUAGCUGUGAAUAAGGCAGGCCCCGGUAUGCAGGAUGCCAUUCAGUUCAGUGGUGGCAAGGAUCCUGUUAAACCCCCAGGCCUGGUACAAGGCCAGCACAUGCCUGAUUCCUCUAAAUCCAGCAUCUCCCUUGGCUCGAGGGAGCCUGCAGAGGAACCAUCUGGCUACAUCCUUGAGAUGCAGGCUGAAGGCAGCAAGGACUGGUCUGAGUGCAGGAAGAUCCCCAUCUCAGGCACCUGCUCCACGGUGGGGAGCCUCACUGAGAGGCAGAAAUACUUCUGUAUCUGAGCUGUCAAGGCUGCUGUCGGGGAGCCUGUGGAGCUAGAUGAAGGGGUUCAUGCUAUGCCACUGCCAGCUGCCCCUGAGUUUGACCCCAGUGCCCAGCUGAGUCACAUGGUAGUGCAUGCUGGGACUGCCUUGUGCAUCCAUGCGGCCUUCUCUACCAUCACCAGGGACAAAAACUUCUCUCAGUUCCUCAUUAAUAGCACCAAGCGUCCUGACUCAGGAGUGUAUCAGAUCUUGCUCCAGAAUGAGUUUGGAGAGGCACACCAUGGUAUUCAUCCAACAGACCUGGUAACUCUUCAGGAUUUCUCCAGACCCCCGAGCAACCCACAGAUGUUUGAGGAGGUUCCCCACACAGUGACUAUGACCUGGAUCACAGUCCACUAUGUCAUCCUAAAGAGGGACGCUAGCAGCCCCACCUGGUUCACCACAGCUGAGCAUGUCUUCAGGGACAAGUGCAGGGUGACGGGGCCUCCCUGGCAGGAAGUGCUGCUCAGAGUGGUGGCUCAGAUGGUUGGUGACAGCAACCCACUGGACUCCAAGGAUACCUGGACUAAGCCACACAUGAGGCUCCAUAGCCAGGACUGCACCACGACCUGUGCCUUCCUUGGGAACCCACGGCCCAUGGUGACCAUCUACAAGAGCGAUGUCAACAUCAACUCUAGUUCGUACAACUCCACCGGUGGCAUGUGCACCCUGGUCAUCGCCACCUGCACACUUAUGGACAGUGGUGAGCACAGCAUACUGGUGGAGAAAGAGCUGGGCAGGGACUGCAGCAGCUGCACUUUAAUCUUUCAGACAAAGGUUGACAAAUCAAUCCCAGCAUCGCUCACUGAGUAUCCACAGAGGAAAGCAAAGCACCUUAUGUGAGCUCCAGUCCAGAGGCAUCAGAGGCCGCUGUGAGUUUGCCUUCUGGUAUAUGCCACCAUAAACAUGCUGUGAAGGGAUGAGACAGUAAACUCCCUGAGCUCAGCCCCUCUGUUCCUGAGUCAGUGCAACAGGACCAUGGGGAUGAACACGUGUAGGGCAGACCAGUCUCCAAAUUCACCACAUGGGGUCACCUUGUGACUUGCCUUCCCCUUCCCCACAGCCAUACUGACCCCACCCUCCCCUCAUAGCACAAGGGCAAGUCUUGGUGACUUCACCCUCCUCAUCGCUCCCUCCCAUGUCUUCACAUAAUGUAGGUCUAUGUCCAGCAUUCUGGUGUUUAAAAGGAUCAGGACAUUAGUCCUUUAGUGUCCAGGGAUUCUCCCACCCAAAUAACAAGGGACUGAUCAUCCAGUUUACUUGUUUUAAACAUGUUUUACAGUAGAACACUUUCUUGGUCUUAAACUACUGACUUGAAGUAAUAGAGGGUCUCUGACCCUUGCUUCUCUCCUUUUGCUACCUGCCCCCAUGAAAGGCUUCCUAAAAAGCCUAGUUUGGAUCACCUCAAUGGCUCACAGUAGUACAGAGCUCAGUGGUAGAACACAUUUCAGCAUGUGAAAAGCCUUGGGUUUAAUCCCCAGCACCAAAGAAAAAACAAAACUGUCUGAAAAGUCAUGGAUUCAUUCAAUACCCAUGAGAUUUGAAUCUCCUACAUCAUAUCCCAAAAAUGGACAGCAAUUAUGCCAAUGGUCUACUCCCCACCAUCCAAGGUAACCCUUUCCACUUCCAGGGUAGAGCAUAGCUUGUUAAAAUGCCAGUGCCUCUGAGUGGAGUAGCACAUUAUUCUGCCAAGGCUUCAGAUCUAAAGCAAGACUCAGUCAAUCUAAUCCAUUCCUCCCAGCUGAUCUGCUGUGUCCAAGGAGAUGCUACAAGGGAAGUCUGCAUCCUAUCGGAGCAGCAGCAGGUCUGAGCUGGGGACAGGGAGUCUGCAGCAGCAGAAUGCACUGCAUAGCUAAGUUACCAAGAUUGCUGGGCACCUAGGAAAAAAGGAGUCUGUCAAGGACAAACAUGGACAAUGGCAAUACCCAUCCCCCACCCUCUUGACCUACAACCUCAAACACACACGUGACCAGGGAAGUGAGACCCACUCAAACAAGUACAGUGUCAGCAGAACCAGGGAGCCAGGCUGGCGCCAAGAUGCCCUAGCCAAGACGGUGACCCAGGCUGUGAGGACAGCUAGGGCUCCUGGCACCAUGCCUCCACCCCUCCACCCCUGUCCAGGACAGGCACGUGCCACACAGGCAGACAAGUUAGAAAGCCAGAGGUCCUUGGUUUUUAUUUUUCUCACAUGGGCAGCAGAGGAUGGAGGUACCCCACCCUUGCUCCCCUUGCAUUGACUGUGCCUUGGGUCUUAAGACCCCAAAGUGUCACUGGAGUGCCUUCCUCUUUCUCCCAGUACAGGAGGGACAGAGAGGAAAGCAUCAUUGUUGGUGUGUCAAGGAAGGGCAUCCUGCUCUCUGAGCCAGGGUAAGCGCCCCUCAGUACUUCUCUGAGGUCCUCUCCCUAUUAGUUUUUUACAGACAGCAGAACAAAGACACAUGGCAGAGAAACACAGACAGGCUGGGAAAAAGAAC